ACUUGACGUUCAAUUUAGCAUUCAUUUUAACAUUUUCAUUUAAGCGUUUUAAUAAUUUUAUAAUGAAUUCCCAAUUAAACGCGUUAAAAUGCAUAGGAUCACGUUUAUUAUACUAUAAAAGCUUUUUAAACCGAAAGAGCGCGACUUCUUGUCUCACUUUAUGUGUACCUUUCCGAAAAUCCCAAUCGUCUUUCGUUUCAAGUUAUUCCGGUAUAAUUUCGAAUAUACCGCUAGUCAAAAAUGACAAGACUUUUGAUAAAAUUUUAAUUGCAAAUAGAGGCGAAAUAGCUGUUCGUGUAAUUAAAACAGCUAAAAAAAUGGGAAUAAAAACAGUUGCUAUUUAUUCUGAUGCAGAUGCUCGAAGUUCACAUGUCAUAUUAGCAGACGAGGCAGUUCGUGUGGGCCCGCCUCCUUCGGAUCAAAGUUAUCUUUCGAUUCCUGCAAUUUUAAAUGCUAUUAAAGAAACUGGAGCACAAGCUGUACACCCAGGUUAUGGGUUUUUAUCAGAAAAUUCACAUUUUGUAAAAAGCCUGGAUGAAGCUGGUGUCGUAUUUAUAGGACCUGGUGAGAAAGCAAUGGCAGAUUUAGGUGAUAAGAUUCGAAGUAAAAUAAUCGCCAAAAAUUCCGGUGUUAACACCAUUCCUGGCUUCGACGGAGUUGUUAAGAAUACGGAUCAUGCUUUGGAAAUUUCUCGUUCGAUUGGCUACCCUGUUAUGCUCAAAGCUUCUGCGGGUGGAGGUGGUAAGGGCAUGAGAAUUGCUUGGAACGAUCAAAAAGUCAUUGAGGGGUUCAAACUUGCGUCACAAGAAUCCAAAUCAAGCUUCGGCGAUGAUCGGUUAUUAAUUGAGAAAUAUAUUGACAAUCCGCGUCAUAUUGAAAUACAAAUAUUAGCCGAUAACUUUGGAAAUGCCGUAUAUCUUCCAGAACGUGAAUGCUCUAUUCAAAGAAGAAAUCAAAAAGUAAUCGAAGAGGCACCAAGCGUACAUUUAGACACAUCUACUCGUAAAGCUAUGGGAGAGCAAGCCAUUUCUCUUGUUAAGCAUGUUGGAUAUGUUUCAGCUGGAACUGUUGAAUUUUUAGUAGACUCUAAACGUAACUUUUAUUUUCUUGAAAUGAAUACGCGUUUACAAGUGGAACAUCCUAUCACUGAGUACAUUACGGGCCUCGACCUGGUUGAACAAAUGAUUCGUGUUGCAGCAAAUCAAAAAUUAUUCAUGAAACAAGAAGAUAUUAAAUAUAAAGGAUGGGCUAUUGAAUCGCGUGUAUAUGCCGAAGAUCCUGAAAAAUACCUGCCAUCUAUUGGACGUCUUAGUAAAUAUAUCGAGCCUGUUAGCUUGACAGAUAAACAUGAAGUCCGUUGCGAUUCUGGUAUAGUUGAGGGAAGUGAAAUUAGCAUCUAUUAUGAUCCUUUGAUUUGCAAACUUUCUACUUAUGGUGAAACAAGAGAUGAAGCUAUUCAAACUAUGGGAAGAGCUUUGGAUUCAUAUGUUAUAAAAGGAGUUACGCACAAUAUUCCAUUAUUACGUGAAGUUAUUGGAAGUUCAAGAUUUAAGUCUGGAAACAUUUCUACCAAAUUUCUUGCAGAAGAAUAUCCAGAAGGUUUCAAGGGUCAUAUACUUAAAAACGAUUCCUUAUUUGAACUUGCCUCAAUCGCUGCAUUAGUUCAUGCUAAAAGGGAUGUACGUAAUUGGUGUUGGAAAGAUGGUAAUGAAAGUUUUUCGAAUAGAAAUGUACCGAACAAUUGGAAUCUUUGGGUUAAGAUACACAACAAUAAUAGUAAAAUUGAAACCGUUAAUGUGCAUGUUGAAAGGAGAAGUACUACUUUGCAACACAAAGAUGAAUAUCAGGUCAUAGUAGAAAGCCAUCCACCAACCAUAGUUAAUGCUCAAUGGCCAUUAGAGUCACCUUUAAUAAAUGCUCAAUUACUUGUUCCAAACCAGUCGAAAAGAUCUGUUACUGUACAAUAUUUGGAUCCUUUACCAGUUGGUUUCCGUCUUCAAUAUAUGGGAACGAAAUUUGAUAUCACUGUUCACAAUAAAAGACAGCACGAAUUAAGUCAAUUUAUGAUUGAAAAACCAAAGAAAGAUUUAUCGAAAGUUAUCAUAAGUCCUAUGCCAGGCUCUGUUAUAAGCGUAGCGGUUAACGUUGGAGACAUUGUGAAUGAAGGAGUUGAAGUUGCUGUCGUUGAAGCCAUGAAAAUGCAAAACAUAUUACGUGCCUCCCGUGUAGGUAAGGUUAAAAAGAUAAAUGUUAAACCAGGUAGUUCAGUCGCUGCUGAAGAAGUUUUAAUAGAAUUUGAAGAUGAAGAACAAAAGUAAUCAAUAGUAAUAGUAAAUUUGUAACUUAAAUAACUUAAAUGUAUACAAUUUAAAUUUUGGCUAUAUAAUUAUUAUAUUUAUUCUACAAAACUAUUAUAAACCAAUUCUUUCUUGCGUUGUCAUGUUAUUUUUCAAAUUACGAAGUUCUUCUGUACCAACGAUUGGAAUGGGUUGCUCCUGUGGUUGUUGAAGUGACUGCUGUUGUUGCUGUGAUUGUCGUUGAAUAGUAUCUUCUAGUUCAAUACUUUUUCUUUUGCCCUUUCCACUUAUACCCGGUUUUUGAGAAAGCUUUUUUUGAUAGACUUCUCGAAGCUUAGGAAGUUGUUCGACGUCGUCUUGACGAAUUUCUAAACGUGUGGGAUUACGACGAAGCAUAUUUGCAAUAUAUUAUUUUUAUUACAAAUAAAAAUUAAAAUAUC